AACUUAAAACCAUGGCCUCGUAAAUCAAAUCCACUCCCCCAUGAAUUAUAUCAAAGUUUACCCAAAUAUGGGGAUAGUGAAUACCCUAAAAAAUUAAAACAAACGUACCAAAAAUAUGUUAAGAUAUAUCAUCCAGAUAUUAGUCAAAAGACAGUUAUAUUGAAUGAGAUGAACCAACCAAUUUCAGAACAAGAAAAAAGAGACCGAUUUGAUUGUAUUCAAAGAGCAUACGAAACAUUAAAGAACCCCAAUAAUUAUGACAUGAAUCAAAAUGCAUACCGGGACUUUAAAUCAACCAAAGUCCACCAUAAGAUGUAUGAGCGGAGUGAUAAAUUUUAUCAGGCCAGUAAUUGGGAAGACUUAUACGAGUUGAGAUUUGGCAGAAAACCACCUAGUGAAGAAGAAAUUAAUGCAAAUAAAUAUAAAAUAUUAAUUGGAGUGUUAUUGGUGAUGUCAUUGACCACGGGAUUGCAAGUGAUGUUAGCCAUUGAUAAGACCAACGAAGUGCAUAACCAAACUGCCAUUUUAAACCUACAAUCAAUGAAAGCUAUGAAUGAUAGUUAUGAAAAUUUUGAUGAAGGUGAUAGUAGACUACAACGAAUGAAACGAUUCUUACUAUGGAGAAGAUCGGGCAUUCUCAACAAGGACGAGUCGUUGAACAAGGAAAAGGAAACCCAGUUGAAAUCAGAAGAUGAUCAGGUAUUGAAAGAUUUUGCCCGG